AUGCCGCACAAAGAAGAAAGUACAGAGUUCACUCCAGACCGAUACCCUCCAUUCCCCGAUGAGCCUCAAUUCCCUACAGUCGAGCUUCAGACCAUCUCACUCAAGAAGCUAGAAGACCACGACGAAGUAGAGAUCAAUCGCGCCUUCGAAGCAUUCAAGGGCAGAGGCUUCGUCUAUCUCGAGCUUGCAGGAACAGAAAAUGGCGAUACCAUCCUCCAUGGCGCAGACGAGGUGGCGAGAGCCGCCGAGAAGACCUUUGCCAUGCCGCUCGAGGAGAAGGUGAAGUAUAAACCUACUAACAAGGAGCUUUUCGGCUACAAGAACGUAGGCGCAACCAAAGCCGACACGACCGGAACACCAGACACAGCCGAGUUUUUCAACGUGAGCAAGAAUGACAUGAUCGUCGCCGACGACAAGAUGCGACGUGCAUGGCCACCAGUUGUGAUGCAGAACAAGCCUCUCUUCGCGAAAUACUCUCGUGCCUCGCACGCCACAGGCCUGAUGAUUCUUGAUAUCCUGGCCGACAAGCUCGGUGUACCACGAGAGGAGAUCAGAUCACGACAUGUCCUCGAAGACCACGCCGGCGACCACAUUCGUUUCACGCGCGGUCCGCCACGGAAGUCAUUGGAGAUGCCCGAGAUUCAGACACCAUCCCAUACCGAUUUUGGCACCAUCACGAUACUGAUGAACUGGCUUGGUGGGUUGCAGGUGUGGUCGGAAAGCUCGAGGAAGAUUGGAGCGCUGGAGCCCGACGUUCCUGGCGAGUGGUUGUGGGUGAAGCCGAAGCGUGGAUGUGCUAUCGUAAACCUUGGAGACGCGGCGGUGAAGUUCACAAACGGUGUCCUAUGCUCCGGCCGCCACCGCGUAGUGCCCUCUCCUCGCGAGCAAGGCACCUUCCCGCGCUACAGCAUCGUCUACUUCGUGCGACCAACAGACCACAGCAUGAUGACAACGUUGAAGGGGCACAGUAUCCCAGCACCAGACGAGAACGAACCACAAGGGGUGGAUGCCAAACAAUGGAUCUACCAGCAGGCAAUGGGUCUCGGGUCGAAUCAUCUCGGCGAGUGA